CUCCCGCCACAGCCGAAGGCAAGGUGUGGGAUGUUUUGCGUGUUUUGCGUACCGAGCGUUUUGUCUCUCGCUCAAACAAAUCAAGAGAGGUCUCUGAAAGGUUUAUUCUACUUCAUGCUUGAUGUCCAUUUCUGGAAAGAAAACCUAACUUAGUUGGGCUGGAUCUACAUUCUCAUUCCAGAAUUAUCUAUGAAACAUGAUGCAGCACCCGAAGGACAAAAAACGGACUAGAUGGGAUAAUUGUCCAGACCAGCCAAGGGCUUGGCCCAACCAGCCACCUCCACAACCUCUGAGUUGGGGACAGGGGCCAGGGCCCUGGUGUUAUCCUCCCCCUCCCCCUCCUCAUGUCCUUCCUACUCUCCAUCCUCAUCAUCCCCUCCCUCCUCCACCUCCUCAUCACUCUCACCCUCCUCCACUUCCUCACCACUCUCACCCUCCUCCACUUCCUCACCACUCUCACCCUCCUCCGCCUCCUCAUCACUCUCACCCUCCUCCACCUCAUCAUCACAUCCACCCUCCUCCACCUCCUCGCCCCCAUCAUUAUUAUUCCGAGUUGGAUCAAUUUUCUGCUGCUUAUCAUAGUGACAGGUAUGAUAGGCAAAAUCCUUUUCAAAAUCCGUAUCAAACUCCAUUUUGGCCUAGUUAUGGAAAUACUGGACAUCAACAUGUCCAUGACCAGAAUGGUCACAUCAAUCUCCGGAGUGAUGGACUACCAGGAAAUAUUAGGGAAAAUUGCAGAACUUCUGUAAAUUUUAAUGGCGAAGAAAGUGAUAACUGGAACCCUGGAGUGAGUUUGGACCCACUAGUUUGUCCAGAUGUUCAGAGUUCAGCAACUGGGACUGUCAAGGAUGCAGGAACCUCUCACACUGGAGGAAAAACUCAGAAGAAUCUAACUCAAAAGAAGGCCGUUGAUAAGAAUGCAAGUCCAAAGGAAGCCCAUUCUCAAAAUAAAAAAAAUAAAAAAGAGAAGAAAGUGAGCUCUCAUAUAUCACCAUCCAAAACAUUGUGCCCUAGUGGUAGAGUGAAAUCUAAGUCGGGCAAUACACUUCAAAAGUCACCCCUGAGACAACGUUGUCAAAGGGGAAGUGGUGUGCAACAAAAUGGCUGUGAUAACUCUGAAAGAUUGCCAUUGUCUGUUAGAAGGAGCCCACACAAUAGCAAUGGUCCAUCAAGCAGAGCCUCUUUGCCAGGUGGGAGAGGUGGUCAGAAUGUCAGUGGUGUUUCAGGCAAAGGGGCUCAAAAUGGGGUUGGUUAUUUUGUCAGAUCCCCGAUACCAGGUGGUAGAGGUGGUCUGAAUGGCAGACCUCCACUGCCUUUUGGAAGAGGAGUCCGUAGUCCAUUCGGCAGAACUGGUGGAAAUCAAUGGAAUGGCACAGGUGGAUCUCGAGUUUAUGAUGAUUAUGAUGAUGAAGAUAAUGAGAGUGAUGAAAUUCACCAGUGGCUGGUGAGCAGUAAGGGCAAUGAAUCUUUAUCUGGGAAAGACAAUGAUUCUGUAAACAAAGAUCCACUGCCUGGGAGUGAAGAAGCAAGGAAUAAUGCAAUAAAAGAAGCUGCUGACCGACUUAAACAAGCUUUAAAAACCAAGAAGAAUGUGAAUCUUAAUAAGCUUCUUUCUUCUGGUGAAGAGUCUAAGAACGACAAUCAAGCUCAAAAAACACUGAAAACAUUUCCCAAGAAUUUAGCUCAGCUUGAACUGGAUGCAAGUGACAUGAGAGCCAUUGGUAGAGCGAACACUGAGAAGACCAACUGUCAUGCAGAAGAUGAUUCAGAUGAUGACAUAAUUGAAGUUCAGCGACCCCCCUCACCUGUGCACCAGGUCAUUGACCUUGAGCCAACCAAUUCAUUUCAUAAUUGCAGUAGUUCUUCUGACAAUAAUAAUAGUGAUGAUAAUGCGAGUGAUGAUGAUAGUGAUGAUGUCCCCUUAGGAAAGAAACUUGGGCAUGUACAAAAUCUAUGUCUUGAUGAAGAUGACCCACUUAGUUCAAAAUUAGACAUUACUUCGAACCCAGACCUUGAUGGCGAUGAUGUACCAUUAAGUACAAGACUUGCACAUGUUCAACAUCAUAUGUGCAUUAAUAGAAAUCUUCAACCUGACAAUAAGAACAGGAAAGAGGAUCAUCUCCCCUUACCAUCAUCAAUGGAAGAAUCUGAAAGGCCCACAAAUUCAUGUAAUGUAAAUCAAUGUGAAGUCAGUCAACAUGAAUCGUCAGUCUCACAAAAGAAUAGUUCUCAAAUAAUGGUGCCCAACAUUGGCAGUGCACACAAUAUUUUGAAUGUUGAAAGUCAUGAUGAAAGGAGCAUGCAUAGUCCUGAAAGCGGUCAUGUACUAUGGAAGGCUUUUUCACCAAGAGACAGAGCAUGCUCUCCCAACAAGGGAAGACCAUCUCUUUCGCCAGCACCUAAUUUAGACCAGAGAAGAAGACGAUCAUCAUCGUCAUCGUCAUCCUUGUGCGAGUCUACUACCACUCAAGGGGUACACAGAGGCUUAUCAAACUCACCUGAGCAACCUUCAAAGCCUGACAACGUGGAGCCCUUAUGUCCUCUUUCUCCGUUUAAAAGGAUUUAUGAUUCCAAACAAAGAAAAAUAAUUAGUGACCUUCAGAAAAUCAAUCAGAGCAAGCUCAAGGAUCUCAUAAAUAACCCAAGGUCUGGUAAAUUUGAUUUUGCUAUGAAACAAUUAAUGAAAGAGCAUCGUAGUGUUCUUUCUAAACUGUCUCGAGAAGUUGCUGAGAGGAGGAUCCCGGCAGAAUAUCUCAACCCAAAAUCAACAGAGUUGCCACCGGACGAUAGCACCCUAUUAGCAGAUUUUGCCAUAGACUGGUCAAGCCUACCAGGAGAGCUGAUAUCCACCCUUGGGGACCUGUUUUCUGAUUUCAACUCAGAAACUACCCUGAAUAUCGGCGAAUCACAGUGUAAUACUUUAAGUGAGCCAUCUGAUUCGCCAGAUAUUGAGCUCCUGUCCGCAGAUAGAAGAAGUUGUCAAGGCCAAAAAGAUGAUCAGGUAGAAAAAGAGAAAGAUGGUUUGGUACUGGCACCAGCAAUCAGUAAAGAUGCUUCAAGUUUUGUAAAAAUCAGGGUCUGUCAGUUUGCUCGUGAAGAGCUAUGUUCACCCUCAGAAAAUUAUAGACUGGAAAAUAAUAUUGAACAUCCUAGUCCUUGCCCUCUGCCAGCACCUGUUAAUACAGAAACUGAUCUCCUAGUUGGAGAAAAACAAGUGCAAAGGGGCAACAGUGACUGGAGCUGGCCAAAUGAGAGCAGAAUUGAAUGCAGGACCCAGGAGGCAAAUUCAAAUCAAACUAAUUACCCAAAUCCUACUUGCAUAGCCCCCAGAUCUUCAGAGGACUUUGAUGGACCAACAAGCGAACCAUUAAUUAUGGAUAAAGAGACAGAGCCUCUGCAGUCAGUUGAUACUGUUUCUGCCAACCGCAGCUUGACAAGUGCUGUCGGUGCUGUCAAAACAAUGAAAAAUAAAAUCAAACCUGGAAAGGUAAAAAAGAAAAAAAAGAAGAAAAUGGCUAACCGACAUAAGCGUCUCCAAAAAAAGAAAUUUGUCCGUCUUGAAGAAAGAAGUUGGUUUGUUGAAUCAACUUGUUCUAAAAAGUCCAAUUCAUCCUGUGAGUCUAAAUCUAAAAAAAUCACUCCUAGUAAUCCCUCUUCACAAAAUGAUAAUGGAACAUUUCCUCAAUGCAAUGGAUCUUUUCAAAUAUCUGAGACAGUUUCAUCUGAAAAUAUUGUUGAAGAGAGCAGAAGAGGACUUAGGUCGUCUAUGAGCAAUGAAAGCCAGAGGAACCUACCUAAUGACAACCCAUCUUGUUCUAUAGAGUCAAGUAAUAUACCAGCCGUUCAGCAACAAUCUAUGUCAAUGCUACCUGUUCUCAUGAUGACUGUUCCUGCAAAUGAGACUUUAAGUGAAGUUUGCAACUUAUCUGUUCCUGAGAUGCAGAAGAGAAUUGAAGAAAUAGACAGGAUGUUGCAAGAUUUGGUUCAAGAGAGGUGUGGCCUUUCCCAAUCUUUAAGAGCUGCUCUGGCAGCAGACCCUCUUCAAAACACAUCAGUAAUACAUUCUGCUCCACAGUCUUCAGGACAAGAUGCUGUUGCACUGGUAGAAGUCAAUGAAAUUGGUGUUGUUUCUAAUCAUUCUGCUAUUGGAGAUUCUGGGGAAACCUCAAAACGAAAGUGUCCUUAUGAUAAUCAGAAAACUUCGAAGCGGGUCUGUCAUGAUGACUCUGAGAGUGUGCAAAGCAUUGUCAAUUCUGACUUAAAUGUUCAAGGUUCUGUUAGUAAUGAAAAUUGUCUUGAAAGUCCUGGCAGUGAGGAGCUUGUUCAAGUGCAGUCAAAGAAUUCACCAAAAGAGCACCAAAAUCCUCCAUGUAAAGGUUUAGUCACUUCACAGUCUAGUGAUGUACAAUUAGAGGUUGAGCUUGAUCACUUCCUCAAUCAUCCUCCUUUCAAAAUCCAUCCUUUAAAUGAGGUUAAAGGUCUUAUACAUUGUAUUAAGACUUGUGACACUAGUAUCUAUGCCUCUUCGGAAAAUGGUCUAGUGUAUUGGAUUAUUGAUGCUGAGCCACAAUACCUUCAAGGACAUUUUGGUGAAAAAAACGAUAGAUGUGUUAAAACCAUUGAAAUAAUAGAAUCACGUUUAUAUGCUGCAAGUUUCUCUGGCCAAUUGAGCAUCUAUGAUAUUCCGGAUCUUGUGCCAAACUGCUAUCUUUAUCCAAAACCCAAACAUAGCUGCACUCUUGGGGUAUCUUUAAGUAGCUCUGUGUUUGAUUGGGACAGAGUUUACUGUGGAUCAACUGAAGGAUCUGUGAUUCCCUUUAACACAAAGAGUUUUCUGGUUGAAGAGAAAUUGUUUGAUGGUGGACAUCCCGUUUUGUCAAUGACCACCAAAACUGAUUGUGAAAGAAGGUUUUUAAUUGUCGCCUAUCGCCGUCAUCCUACAGAAAUACGUGAUGCUGAAUCAGGAGUGCUGCUUCGGUCUUUUGGUGGUAGUGAGUGGACUGUGUACACUGUUAUCUGCCAUCGCAACUUGGUGUACUGUGGUGCAAACAAAAAUAAGAUCUUGGUGUUUUGGUUUGAGAGUGGUAAGAAAUGUACUGAACUAGUUGCAGGCCUUGGGAUAAUUAAUAUGAAAUUGUACAACGAUUAUCUUGUGUGUGGUUGCCAUGAUGGUGAAAUUUAUGUCUUCAAUUUAAGGCUUCAUGUAUUGAUUUCUUCACUGAGAGGCCCUGGAGGUAUAAUUUAUUGUAUCAAUUUCAAUCGUCAAAAGAUGCUGUGCAGUACAGUGAUUAAGUCAAUGUCCUGCAUUACUGCCACUCAUCAAAACACACUGGUUAUGCAUUCUGCUGCACAGUCUUCACGGCAAGGUUGUGCUGCACUGAUUAAAGCCAAUGACAUUGGUGUUGUUCCUAAUCAUUCUACUAUUGAUGAUUUUGGAGAAACCUCAAAACGAAAGUGUUCUUCUAAUGAUAAUAACAAAACUAUGAAGAGAGUGUGUCAUGAUGUCUCUGAGAGUGGGCAAAAUAGUGCCAGUUCCAGCUUAAAUGUUCAAGAUUCUGGUAGUAUUGUAGAUUGUCUUGAAAAUCAUGCUAGUGUGCAGCCAGCUCAAGUAAAGGCAAAAAGUUCAUCCGAAGAGGGACAAAAUCCUUUAAGUAAAAGUUUAGUCACUUCACAGUCUAGUGAUGUACAAUUUGAGGUUGAGCUUGAUCACUUCCUCAAUCAUCCUCCUUUCAAAAUCCAUCCUUUAAAUGAGGUCAAAGGUCUUAUAAAUUGUAUUAAGACUUGUGACACUAGUAUCUAUGCCUCUUCGGAAAAUGGUCUAGUGUAUUGGAUUAUUGAUGCUGAGCCACAAUACCUUCAAGGACAUUUUGGUGAAAAGAACGAUAGAUGUGUUAAAACCAUUGAAAUAAUAGAAUCACGUUUAUAUACUGCAAGUGACUCCGGCCAAUUGAGCAUCUAUGAUAUUCCGGAUCUUGUACCAAACUGCUAUCUUAAUCCAAAACCCAAACAUAGCUGCACUCUUGGGGUAACUUUAACUACUACUGUGUUUGAUUGGGACAGAGUUUACUGUGGAUCACGGGAAGGAUCUGUGAUUCCCUUUAACACAAAAAGUUUUCUGGUUGAAGAGAAAUUGUUUGAUAGUGGACAUCACAUUUUGUCAAUGACUACUAAAACUGAUUGUGAAAGAAGGUUUUUAAUUGUCGCCCAUCGCCGUCAUCCUACAGAAAUACGUGAUGCUGAAUCAGGAGUGCUGCUUCGGUCUUUUGGUGGUAGUGAGUGGACUGUGUACACUGUUAUCUGCCAUCGCAACUUAGUGUACUGUGGUGCAAACAAAAAUAAGAUCUUGGUGUUUUGGUUUGAGAGUGGUAAGAAAUGUACUGAACUAGUUGCAGGCCUUGGGAUAAUUAAUAUGAAGUUGUACAACGAUUAUCUUGUGUGUGGUUGCCAUGAUGGUGAAAUUUAUGUCUUCAAUUUAAGGCUUCAUGUAUUGAUUUCUUCACUGAGAGGCCCUGGAGGUAUAAUUUAUUGUAUCAAUUUCAAUCGUCAAAAGAUGCUGUGCAGUACAGUGAAUAAGUCAAUGUCCUGCAUUACUGCCACCUAUCCACUGGAGAAACCUAACACACUGAGAAAAGAACAAGAUGAAGUUCUUGCAGUUUCUGAUCAGAAAAAGGAUAAAGCUUCUGAAAUUUCAAAAAAGGAAGGUGGCCAAGUUGGUGUUGUUCUCAAAGACCUUAAUCUUGGAAGUUAUGCUUGUCGUAAUGAUCUUGCGGGGAAUAUUCUUGCUAUAAAGAUUGCUGGUGAUUCCGAUGUAUUUGCUGCUUCUUCAAACGGCCUUGUUUAUUGGUUUAGAGGAAGGACUUGGAAGGAACAAGUGCAUUCAACCUUUGGCAAAAUCAAACCCAAUGGUUCACUUGGUGCUGUUACCUGUCUUGAGGUAGUGAAGUCUUCUUUGUACACAGGAACUGAAGAUGGCAUACUCAGCAUUUAUUCCAUUCCGUUAAAGCCAGAAGGUACAAAAAUUGUGGAGCCAAUCUUAACUUACAACAUUUCAAAUGGAAUUCAGUGCAUGGAGUCUUGUUGGAACUUCCUCUACAUUGGGACCAAAGUUGGAUCUGUUAUUCCAUUUAAUUUAGAUGCUAAAGAGGUUGGGGAACCCUUAUCAUCAGGUGACUACCCUAUCCUAUGUAUAAAAACUCACAAGGAAGGACCAAGGCGUGUGCUUAUUGUUGCAUCUCGUCAGCAAACUAUUGCUAUUCGGGAUGCAUUGUCUGGUCUCCUCCUGCGUUCUUUUGGAAUUAGUUCUCCAGAAUUAACUGUUUACAGUAUUCUUUGCCACAACAAUUUGGUAUACUGUGGAUCAAAUACAAAUAAUAUUUUGGUGUAUGAUUUCCAGAGCGGAGAAUUGAAAUUCAAACUUCAUGCUGGACAAGGUAUUACUGCCAUGAAAGUUUAUAAUGAUCACCUUUUCUGUGGCUGCUAUGAUGGGAAGAUCUAUGUGUUUAAUUUAAAGACGCAUAACCAAGUGUGCUCAGUAAAUGGUCCUGGCAACAUGAUUCUUGCUCUUGACUUCAUGGGAAAAAGCAUGUUGUGCAGCAGUAAAAGUUGUCUUCUCACUAAAUAUAAGCAUCCAUUAUACACAUACUUCAGAGACUGCAUCAACAUGAUAAAAUGAAAGCAUCACUUUGGAUAGGAAGAUAGAAGACUGCUAAGGAAAGCACCCAACAAGAAAAGAAACAAAAUUGUUGUCUCAAUUUGUGUUCUCUCAAUUAUUUAAAAACAUAGACUGUGAUAUCAAAUGUUACUUUCUUAAUUAUUAACUAAGCAGUGUUUCUCAAGUGUGCUCUUAUCUUUAAGUUUUGUCAAUUUAAAUGAGACUGCAAGAAAGGGGUAGGUAAUUUUAUUUGUAUUUCAAUUAAUGCAUUAUUUUAUGAAUGUGCAUCCUCUAGUUAGCGAAUGCAACUUACUGUAGCAAGAUAUCAUCAUAAAAUAGAUUGUUUGCCCUCUCUUUGUGAUUACCAGUGUCAUAAUUUAGAGAAUGUCAUGCCAUUCUUCAAAACUUUAUAUGUUCUAUUAAAUAAAUAAGUUCUUCAUGUUUCUAUA